AUGCACGAAACUUCAUCCACCAUGCAAGAAACAUGCACCAUGCAUGAAACAUCAUCCACCAUCCAUGAAAUAUCAUCCACCAUGCAUGAAACAUCAUUCACCAUGCAUGAAACAUCAUCCACCAUGCAUGAAACAUCAUCCACCAUGCAUGAAACAUCAUCCACCAAGCACGAAACAUCAUCCACCAUGCAGGAAACAUCAUCCACCAUGCAGGAAACAUCAUCCACCAUUCAUGAAAUAUCAUCCACCAUGCAUGAAACAUCAUCCACCAUACAUGAAACAUCAUCCACCAUGCACGAAACAUCAUCCACCAUGCACGAUCCAUCAUCCACCAAGCACAAAACAUCAUCCUCCAUGCACGAAACAUCACCCACCAUGCACGAAACAUCAUCCACCAUGCACGAAACAUCACCCACCAUGCACGAAACAUCAUCCACCAUGCACGAAACAUCAUCCACCAAGCACAAAACAUCAUCCACCAUGCACGAAACAUCAUCCACCAUGCACGAAACAUCAUCCACCAUGCACGAAACAUCAUCCACCAUGCACGAAACAUCAUCCACCAUGUACGAAACAUCACCCACCAUGCACGAAACAUCAUCCACCAUGUACGAAACAUCAUCCACCAUGUACGAAACAUCAUCCACCAUGCACGAAACAUCACCCACCAUGCACGAAACAUCAUCCACCAUGUACGAAACAGCACCCACCAUGCACGAAACAUCAUCCACCAUGCACGAAACAUCAUCCACCAUGCACGAAACAUCAUCCACCAUGCACGAAACAUCAUCCACCAUGCACGAAACAUCAUCCACCAUGCACGAAACAUCACCCACCAUGCACGAAACAUCAUCCACCAUGCACGAAACAUCAUCCACCAUGCAGGAAACAUCAUCCACCAUGCACGAAACAUCACCCACCAUGCAGGAAACAUCACCCACCAUGCAUGAAACAUCAUCCACCAUGCACGAAACAUCAUCCACCAUGCACAAACAUCAUCCACCAUGCACGAAACAUCAUCCACCAUGCAGGAAACAUCAUCCACCAUGCACGAAACAUCAUCCACCAUGCACGAAACAUCACCCACCAUGCACGAAACAUCACCCACCAUGCACGAAACAUCACCCACCAUGA